CAGCUGAAGAUUCUGGAUCUACCUCUGCGCCUGUAAAGAAUUUGUUUCAGGGUCCUACUUCUCGAUACAGGUCGAAUUCUCAUCAACAAUGUCUGGCGCCCGCCACUGGGAGCAGGACAAGGAUUCCACCAUCUACAUCGGAAACCUCGAUGAGCGUGUAACCGACUCUCUGGUCUGGGAACUUUUUCUACAGGCCGGACGGAUCGUGAAUGUCCAUCUGCCAAAAGAUCGAGUCACUCAGUCACAUCAAGGCUAUGGCUUUGUUGAGUUUAAUUCCGAGGAGGACGCCGAGUAUGCUGCCCGAAUCAUGAAUCAAGUCCGACUGUUCGGUAAACCAAUUCGUGUCAACAAAGCCAGUGCCGACAAGCAAAAGUCUGUCGAGGUUGGUGCUGAGCUCUUUGUGGGGAAUCUGGAUCCGAUGGUUGACGAAAGGAUGCUCUACGAUACAUUUGGCCGAUUUGGAACCCUGGUGGCAGCCCCAAAGGUUGCACGAGACGAGAGCAAUCUAUCAAAGGGAUAUGGCUUCGUCUCAUUCUCGAAUUUUGAAUCUUCUGACGAUGCGAUUGCUAACAUGAAUGGUCAAUACCUCAUGAACAAGGAAGUCUCAGUCCAGUAUGCUUAUAAGAAGGACGGUAAGGGGGAGCGACAUGGUGAUCAGGCAGAGAGAAUGCUUGCAGCUCAAGCAAAGGCCCAUGGCGUCCAACCGACACCUGCUACCAUCCCUAUUGGUGGCCCCUUGUUUGGGGGUAUUCCUCCAUCGCCCGUCCAACCCGCAGGGUUCGGUGCGCCAAACAGCAAUUUCCAGUCCAUUCCUCCACCAGCUCAAGCUCGACCUCCGCCUCCUCCCACUGUUCCUCUCAGCGCUCCACCUAGCGGACUUCCAGCGAGGCCGCCUCCAAGUCAAGCAGGAUAUGGUGGGCCGCAGAGUUUUAUUCCUCAGGGAUACGGUCAGAUACCACCUGGUUUUCCUCCACCGAAUGCCGUACCUCCUCCCGGCUUUGGCCCUCCUCCCGGCUUUGGUGGCCCUCAACCUAGCUCUGCGCCGGCCCCGCCACCACACAUGCCUCCAGGCUUCACCGGUUAUGGGAUUCGCAAAUGAGCAUCAUCAAAUUGCCGCAGAUCACUGUGAAUGCCAGAUGAGUGUCCUUCGAUGGCUUUUAGGCUGCUAUAUGUACCCUGAAUAUCAAUGUCGAAGCACCGAUGAGACCAUAAAUUCGCACAUUGAGGAAUUCGCCGACCGAAAAGCUCUCAAGAAAUUGUGGACCACUCUGAUCAACAUCCUCCCUCUCGACGCAGACAUGGGCGAUGAUUCUCCCGGCUCUCGGAUUGCAGCUGGUGCUCUCUUGACUACUGUUGACAGGUAGCACAUGUCUACCUUUGACUCAAAGGGCAUUUAUGACGCUCGAUUUGUCUCCCUGCUUGUCAAACCGUCUCCCGGGAGAUGGUGCAUGGUGGUGGGCUUCCUGGGGCACAAACCACAAGGAACAUUUUCUGACCCUUGAACACACCCCCUUGUGGUUGCGAGCAUUCUAAACAAAUCAAGCUUCACAGCCUCUGGCAAGUCGAAACCCAUGCACUUCGAGGGAUCUAGUAUGAUCGACCACGCUACAGCCCAAGAGUAGAGUCGCGACCAAUGGCACAACAACGAAAGGAGGAAAAGCUCGUUUCAGCUCAACGAUUCAGUCCAAGCCAUGCAUCAAACAAAAGGGGUAAUGGUUGUACUAAUUCGUUGGUUAUGUCUAUAUUGCGUUUCCGGAGGCGAAUAGACACAGAUCAGAUCGUAUUAAACGGCCGUAAACAUGGAAGGGGGCCUAAUCUCUCUAAUCAAAUGUUUAUGUAAAGCGCGUUUCUAGGAGUCAAUAGACAUAGGACAUAGAAGCAGGCACACAAUUUUGGAAUGAGAAGCGCUGCGAGACC